AUGAGGAGGCCUCCCCGCCCGUCAUCUACUGCGAUUUCAAACCUACCCGAGGGCAGGGCGAGUCUGGAGUGGAGCAAGCGCAUGAGAGUAGCAGCAGGGGCAGCCAAGGGCCUCGAGUACCUGCACGAAGAGGCCUCCCCGCCCGUCAUCUACCGCGAUGCCAUACUAGCUUCUACAGGAUACCUAUAUACAAUGUAUGGCUACGACAAUGGGGGAAAACGACCAAGCAAAAGUGACGAUAAGGGGAACGGCAAAGAGUAG